AUGUAUUCCAAUGGGAUCUACUUGUAUUAUUUUAAAAUUCAAAGUUUGCAAAUUUAUGACACAAUUUUCCAAAAUUUCACCUAUGUUGAUCAAAAGAAGUAAGAUGGUUAUAUCAUGAAAAUUGUCCAAAUGGAUCUAUACCCUUCAAUGAUCUGGAAUACUUUAUUCAAAAGUGUUUCUGUUAUUCAAAGUGAGCCUAGCUUUCUGUUAUUCUGGGGGUAUAACGCUGUUAAUACUUUAUCAUAAUCAGAUAAAUAUUUGGUAUAAUUUGACAAUUUGACAAUUGAAUAUUGA